AUGGCCGUGGACAAUGGUCUGCUCGCACCCCUGGCGAUAUUCAUCAUCGCCGGUGCGUACUACUUCCUGAGCGCCCAGCGCAUCAUCAACGAAGACUUCGUGGACGCGUCCGUGCGCCAGAUGGUCGGCCUCAUGUACAUCAGCGACGUCGGCUUCAACCUCGUCGCCUCCCGGCUGUCCAAGUCCAAGCGCAAGAAGACGGCAUCUAAGAAGGCACCGACGGGGACUCCCGGCCUGGUCCUCAACCUCCUCCCGCUCACCGACCUCGUCGGGCUGGUGUGCGCUUUCGAGGCCAUCCGCCUCGCGGGCAGCGGCUUCCACCAAACCGUGGGCGGCGCGUCCAUACCCAUAUCGUGCCUCCUCAACGUCCUCAUCACCGGCAAGGUUUUCUCCACCGGGCAGCUCACGGGCAUCUCGAUCGUCAUCCUCGGCCUCGCGGUCAAGGCCAAGGCGCUGUUGGACUCGAACGACGACGACGACGCCGCGGGGUUCCCAGCCGUCGCCGUCGCGCACGUCCUCGUCUCCUGCGUCGGAUACGCCCUCCGCGGCAUCGCGAUGGAGUACCUCAGCGACAACGGCGUCGACGGGCGGACGAUGACGAUGCGGAUGGGCGUCACCGGCGUGGCGGCGUGGGGCGCGUACACCCUGGCCUUCACCGCCCGCGACUUUGGCGCCAAGGUGAUCGAACCCUUCUCCGCCGCGUCUACCCGCGUGGGCGUCAUCGCCUCUUUCUCGCUUUACGCCUCCCACGCGCUCUCGCGCGGCAUCGCCAGCGGGACCAUCACCCAAAUCGUUAGCCUCGGGGGCGCCACUGUGCUGAGCUUGGCGCAAGUCACGAGGGCGUCGAUCAUCAUCCUCUUAUCCUCGGUCGCAUUUUGCGGCGUUGACGAGCGACAGUGCCUCGACGGGUACGGCAUCGCGAGCGCCGCGCUGGUCAUCGCCGGCUCCGCGUACUACGGCAACGCGAAGAGCUUCGAGGAGGAGCUCGACGAUCUGAUCGACCCGGACGUGGCGGACGAGAUGGACUCGGUCAUCGGCGAGGCUGAGGAGAUUUUGGAGGAGUUGGUGGACCUCUACGUGGAGGAGCACGGCUCGGAGCCCACCGAGGACGAGUUCCUGGCGUGGACCGAGUCCCUCAAGCGGGCUGGCGCGGAGGCGGAGAGGAAGGUGAGCAAGAAGGCGGCGACGCCCAAGAAGGCCACCCCCGCGAAGAAGCCGAAGAAGGCUGCUCCGGCGAAGGCCAAGGAGACCAAGUCCAAGGCUAAGGAGACCACCACCGCCAGGCGAAGGUCAGCCAGAAAGUAG